AUGGCUCUUUCCCCAGUCAGCACCGACGAGCGCAUAUGGCGCUUGCGACGAUUAGCUCAGGAGUACGACAUCGACGAACCUCCAGAGCCAACACCUUUAUAUAGACCGUCAGCUACCCCCUCGCCACUGACGCCAAACUUCAAGAACCCCGAUGAUGAGCACCGGGCGGACGACCUACUUAAGCGAAGGAGACAGGUAAACACUCAGGGAAAUGGUGAUGUCAAUGGAGGUGGAGGGAGCGUGAAGAAGCGGUCGUUCACGUUAACCCGAAAGGACAGCUUCACAUCCUCCAAGUUCGCAUCCAAGGAGAUCUUUGACGCACUAGAUGCUCAUGUCGCAAACGCUGGCGCGCCAGGGGUGGCGGAGGCACUGAUUCACAAGCUGCGCAUGGCAGGCGGGGACCUUAAUCGCGCAAACGCAAAGUCCAAGACACCUUUCAACCUUAGGAGGAGGAGCCUGGACGACCUGGGGCAGGAGCAAAGCCGGAUCCUGCAAAAGGCCGUUGAGAAUGGGCAAGAAGAUAUGGUCGCCGUCCUCGUCCCUCACGCCGAACCAGCAACUCUCGACGCGGCAUUGCCUCCAGCUAUGCGCAACGGAAAUCUUCGUAUCGUUGAGGCCCUCUUGAGGUAUGGGGCUAACGUGUCACAGACUCCGGAGGGACAGUUCCAGUUUCGGCAAAUGUGCAUUAAUGGUGGACAGGCCGAUAUGGUUGGUUUAAUCCUGCAGUCUGAUGGCAGACCUCCCCCAGACUGGGUUUCGGGGGCAAUGAUCGACGCAGCAAGGAAAGGUUGCGUGGGCACUGUUGCCCAGCUAAGUCGAUCCGUCGCAGAUGGCAGUUUCAAUGAUGGCGCGGCUCUUAAGGAGGCCAUAUCACAGUGCCGAGUCGACAUCGUCCUGGCAAUCAUCAUAGGCAACAAGCCUCCCAAUAAGCAGUGCCUCAAUGAGGCGUUCAUGAAGGUCGCCACACAUCCCGCGAUGAAUCCACCAGAAAAGAUUACCUUGACGGAUAUACUACUGCUAGCUGGCGCAGAGGGCGACGUGGUUUCGGCGGCGUUAGUUAAGGCCUGCAAAACCGAGUUCUACGAUAUGAUCGACCUCCUUAUCAGCAACGGCGCCUCUAUCGAGUUUGAGAACGCUAUGGUCGUGAAGAAUGCGAUUGAAAGUGGCAACAUCGGCCUGGUGCAGCUGCUGCUGAGCGACAGGGCAGUCUUGAGUCCCGUGCUCGCCGGUGAGCUCAUCGGGUGUAUAGGGAAACGCAUCAACCCGGAAGAUAGACGAAUUCUUCUCAGUACGCUACUCCGUAAAGGCGCCAAAGGUCCACCCCUUAAUGAGGCUCUGAUCAGGGCAGUGGAAGGCAGAGACACCGAGUGUGUCAAGCUCCUUCUAACGCCACACUUCGCUGGAUCGGGCAAGUUGAAGCCGAAAGCGAGCCACGAUCUCAAAACUGGCCCGCGCAGUAUGGUAUUCGAGCAUCAUGCAAUGGCGGAUGUGAAUUACAAGGGCGGCUUGGCACUCUCAAAGGCUGUCUCCGCUGGCAACCUUUCUAUGGUUGAGUACAUUCUUGCAGCAAAACCAAACAUCGAAACCCUCGUUGCGCAAGCCAUUGACGAGGCACCGCCCAGAAGAGACGAGCGCCUCAUUAAAAUUCUGCUUCAACACGAUGUUGAUGCGAACGUCAACGAUGGCGCACCGAUCAUAUCGGCCAUUGAACAUCUCGAUGCCGAUCUUUUGGAGGCUUUGCUGCGGAAACGACCAACGACCAAAAAUGCGGCGGUAGCACUUCAGAAAGCCAUGGCUGUGGAGGACAAGGGAAAACGAGCGCGGAUGGUGAGCUUGCUUCUUCGAGCUGGAGCAGAUGAAGCGACCAAGACGGUGGGCGAAUCUUUGAUGAAGGCAUUGCACGAGCAGCCGGUGGACACUCGAUUACUUGGUGCGAUUUUACAGCAGGGGAAUGCCGAUAUUAAUAUGGAUAACGGCGAUCCUGUUGUGUUGGCUGUUCGAGACGUGAACCCUCAGGUGCUCGAGCUCGUUUUACAAACAAACAGGGCCACACCAGAGACGUUCGAUCUUGCUGUGCAAGCCAUGGCCAACGUCCCUUCAAGUCAAGAGAAAGCAACCAAGUUAGAAUCGAUCGUGAAGCGUACAAAGCAGAAAGAGUCGCUAAACAGCCUUCUCGCCUACGAGGUUCAAUCUAUUCUCCAGUGCCCACCUCAAAAACGCACAUUGGUUGUGCUGCGGGCUCUUCUUGCCUUAGGAGUCGAUGUCAACACAAACAAAGCCGCGGCGCUCUGCUGUGCCGUGGCCGGCGCAGAUUCAAAGAUCACCGAUGUUCUCUUUGCGGCCAAGCCAAGCACAAAAUCACUGGCAGCGGCGAUGCCUUUCGCCUUCAAAAUCGCUGACCAAACUGAAAGACUCACUUUCAUCCAGAAGCUUCUGCAUGCCGGUGCCCCGGCGGUCGAGGCGAACAGGGCAUUAGUUCACGCCAUUGGAACGCACCCUGAUGAUACCGCCUUGAUCAAUACUCUCCUUGCCAGAGCGGACACUAGUGACGGAGAGGCCCUAAUGGUAGCCGUGCGGAAGGCGAACGUCCUUAUGGUGGAGAUGAUCAUAACCAGAGCCAAGAAGCACCCGGCAGCCAGACUGAAUGACGCCUUCGGCGAGGCAACCAAAAUCGAGAACAAGGUGAUUCGAAAAUCGAUUUGUGAGUUGCUUCUGAGGGCAGGCGCGACGGGCCAAGUUGUCUCUGAUGCUCUUCUUGCUGCCGCUGGCACAGGGGACCUGACCCUGGGAAAACUGCUCCUGGACCAUGGCGGUAGUGUAGACCAUCAGGAGGGCCAAGCUGUGGUCGAAGCGUGUCGAGCUGGAUCGCCAGAUGUCUUGAAGAUGCUUCUGUCUAGCAAGACCGCUGUGAAAAAGGAAACACUUGAGCGCGGCUUCCAAGCUGCCACGGAAGUGGGUGAUCUAAAUCAUCGUGCGGCCGUGUUCCAACUCCUCUUGGACAAGGGCGUCAACGGCGAAGUCCUCGAUGCACAACUCGUCUCUACAGUUCGGUUUGGAGAUGACGCUCUCAACCUAGUUCGUCUUCUCCUUAUGUAUGGUGCUAAGACCGACUAUAAUGGUGGCGAAGCAGUCUACAAUGCUACCAGAUGUGCAUUCCUGCCAAUACUCCAGGUGAUGCUCGGUGUCGAACCAGUGGGUGGAAAGCAAGUCAAACCGUCAAGCCAGACAUUGAUUCGCUCCCUGAAGGCCUCGUCAAACUUAAGUGGUGUCCCGAGAUACCAGGUCAUGAAGUGGCUCUUCCAUGCCGGCCUCCCUAUCGGCGACGAGGUACACAUCUCGCUCGAGAAAGCUGUCAACGAAGAGGAGCCAAAUAUUGAUUUGAUCAAGCUGCUCCUGCAGAACGGUGCAUCACCGCUCGCGAAUGGCUGCAAGACUCUGGUCGAUGCCACUCAGAAGUUACAUUUCGUGGUACUAGACCUGUUCUUGGAACUCGAAAUCUCACAAGAUGACAUCAGCUGGGUCUUUUUGCAGACUUUCUCGGCAGCUGAUGCAGACAAGUGGUUUACGGAUCCCGGCUUUCAAGUGGCGCAACGCCUCCUAGAGAAAGGUGCCCGAGGUGAUGGCCCUGCGGGUGCUCUCAUAGUCGCAAUUGACCACAUGGGUACCGACAAGGAUGAUCUUGCUCGGCAGUUUGUGGAUCUUCUCAUCGAAUACAACGCAGAUGUCAACCGAGAUCAAGGCGCUGCACUAAUCAAAGCUGCGAAGAGUGCGAAUGCUCACCUCAUGCGACAGGUGUUGCAGCAAAAGCCAAACUCGGAGUCAGUGUCCAUGGCUUUUCCAUAUGUCUUCGACCACGAGGUGCCCGAGGACCAAGCGUUGGAGCUCAUCUCCUUAUUCACGGAUUACUCCGACGGCGAAACACGCCUGGAUGCGAUGUUUGCCCAUCCAGAGGCCGAGCCUGUGGUAUUCAAGGCAAUCUCACGCUACCCUCGCUCAACUACGAUUGUUGAGACUCUGCUUGAUGCCGGGUAUUACCAUGACCAAAUGACAAAUGCACGGAUAUUGGACGAACUUGAAGAGGAGGAGCCGGUCAAUCUAUUGCUGUGGUGUCUCAUCCAACCGCAAAAGAAAGUUAGCAGUGGCAUCAUCAACAUGCUCAUCGACAGGGGUGCACGCGUCAACUUCGAGGCACGACUAUCGAAAACCACUCCCUUGAUGCUGGCGAUAAGAGAAAGAAGACAUGACAUCGUCAAGAAGCUCGUUUUUGCUGGUGCCGAGGUCGAUGUGGCCGACGUCACAGGCAACACGCCACUGACCCUGUCUACGCAGAUUGGAGGAGAUCUGGGGACAAUGAUGAUGCAGAAUAUCCUUGCUGCCGAACCAUCGCAAAACGACGGUUCGCUGCACAACGCCGCGAGGGAGCUCAACGUUCCAGCCAUGCAGGUUUUGGUGGACCACGGUCAUGAGAUCGACUUCCCGAGUCCAAUACACGGCGGCCGGACUGCUCUCGGUGAGCUUUGUCUCCAUGCAGCGGACGGCGGAGCCUUGACAGCGGCCCAGGAGAAGGCUAUGGAGAAGGCUAUGGGGUACCUUCUCAAGCAGGACACAGACCUCAGCCUAUUGUCAGAUGGAAAAUCGGUUCUGCUCCUUGCGAUGGAAUCGCUUGAACCCAUCAUAACUACAAGGGCCCUGCUGAAAGUCGGCAUGUGGAAACAUAUUAAUCGACAGUUCAACCACUUCACCGACAAUACAUGCACUUACUCGCCGACACAAUAUGCCAAGCGGGUGCUGCCGCAGACCGAUGUCACUGAGCAACUGCACAAACUUCUCAAAGCCAACCGGGGCCAAGACAUCUACUACGCGAAUGAAGGACCGCAACCGGAAGGCGCCAUAGGCCUACCGGACGAUAUAGUCCGUAUCGAGCGCGAGCGGAAGGCUCGGCUUGAACGGAUCCAGCUCGAAGCCGAAGACCACUCGCGAACCCUCUCGCGCACCAAGGAGGUCGCGGACAUCCAGAACCAAAUAUUCGCGCAGCGCGCCCAGCUGGAGGACACGCGAUCGCGGCAACAGCAGAACACGGAAAUCGAGGGCAUCCGCGAGAGAGCGCUUCUCGAGGAGGAGCUCUUCAACGAAGCGGUGCGGCGCCAGCGAGCCGAGAGAGCGGCCGCAAUGGAGCACCAGUCGUCCAUCACACAGGCAGAGAUCGAGCGCAAGCGGCUCGUGGCGGACACGGAGUUCGAGGCCGAGGGCCGCAGGCAGCUGCAGCUGCUCGAGUACGAGAAGCAGAUGGACGACACGAAGGAGGCCCACGCGCGCCAGAUGACCGCCAACCGGGUGGACGAGAGGGCGGCGAUUGACCGCAUGGACCGGGAGCACGACUCGCGGAUCAAGAACCGCAUCGCGCAGCAGAAGAAGCUCGUCGACAGCCAGAACCAGCUCGCCUCGAACCUGGGGAGCGUGGGAAUGCCCCAGAGGAGGCAGAUUGGGUACAUCUCGGGGGAGCUGGACUGA